AUGAAAUUUAUUGAUGAGUUGGAUAUUGAACGUGUGAACCAAGUUCUUAAUUUUGAGACCAUUGAUUGCAAGAUUGUUGGUGGGUGUGAUAUAUUCACUACUAAAGCUGUAGCUUCUGACCGGAAGCUCUACAAGACGAUAGACCAUCAUUUGGAUACGAUACUUCAGGACAAUGAGAGUUACAAUUUGGCUUUGCAGCAGCAGAUAGCUCUGGAUGCUGAGGACAAGAAUGAAAGGUCAAUGUCGCCUGGAGGACAAAGGCGAGACAGUUCAUCAUUCUGGGAGCAGAAGAGAAGGAUGUCUGUGAGUGACAGUCCUAUCUACUUGCAACAUAUUAAUGGAAAUCUCAACGAGAGUAAUGGUGCCCAAGGCGAAAUAGUAGCGGAUCUAGUACCACCAAUUAUCAAGACAUCUAAACUUAAUGACCAUAAUUUGAAAGAAUUAGUGUCUAAUUAUGAAGCAGGUUAUUCAAGUUCUUCAUCAGUUGAGUCCCUUACACAUAAGAACAAAGAGAGGAGGACAAGUAGCCUAUCAAGUACUGGAGGGAAAGUAGACAAGCUGCGGGCAGAUUCCAGCACAGCAAACGAUAUAACCGCAAGGUCAGUGCUCAAUGAUACAUCUAGAACCUUAAAUUUGGGGCCAUUCGGCCCAAUAAAUGAGCCAUCUAGCAGAAGGACAUUUGCAUACUUGAUUGCAAUUCUAAAUGCCUCAUACCCUGACCAUGAUUUUUCUCUAUUGGAGCCAACUGAUUUUAAAAGAUCUUCUAUAAAGUCCUUUAUUGCAAAAUUUGAAAACUCGAUGUACUCAUUGGGAAGAAAGCCAGAAGAGUGGAUAUGGGAAGUAAUCAACUCUCAUAUGACUCUCUCAGACUGUGUAUUAUAUCAGUACUGUCCAACACAAUCGUUCUUGGAUGAUGAGCCUGGGCAUCUAUGGAGUCUCAUCGGUUUUUUCUUUAAUAAAAAGAGAAAAAGAGUGGCCUAUGUAUACUUACUCGCCUCUAGACUACAACUGGCUGUUAAUAAUGCUAUUGGAACUCCUGAUGAGAUGCAAAAUGAAGACGGUACGUUCAGAAAUAACAAUACAACCUCUUUUGAUAACAACAAUACGCAAUUCGAAGGUGAAUACGAUUUAACUUACGAAGAGAACGCUAUUGUCGACGAUGAUGAUGAAGAAUAA